UACACCGAUUCAUUUAAUCUUUGAUAUUACAUUCAGUAUUCGAUCGAGCACCUGAAUAUUUUAAAUCAGGCAAAAUGAAAUUGGCAGUAUUGGUAUUACUUGGAAUUGUUGCUGUCAGUUUAGCACGACCACAAAAAGAUGGGGCUGUAUAUAGUAAAGAAGCAAUUCGUCAAGCACAAAACACAUAUUUAAUUCCAAAAGAUGCAGAAAUCCAAAAGGUACAAGAAGGAAUUGAAUUAGCUGCAUAUGAACAAAUACCUGGAAAUCAAAAAAUCAACUUAUUCGAAAUUUUAGGUGAUCAAGUACCUUCAGAAGUAAUCAACAAUCUCCAAGGACAAAUUGAUAAAAUAGGUCAAAAUUAAUUCUUCUCCUAAACUGUCUAAUUUUCAUUUUUAUUUUUUUUUUCUAUCUCUGCAAAUCGUAGUACUUUCGAAACUUGUUAUUUUCAUUUCGUCUUUAACUUUUUAUUUACAUUUCUCUUCUAUUUCUUAUUUAUAUUUUUCUCUUCAUAUUCUUAUCUGGAUUUUCUAUUUGUCUUCAUUUGAUUUCACCUCACGUAUUGUUGCCUGUUUAUUCUUCCACUUAUAGUGCCAAUUUUUGAUCUUAA